AGUUACUGACUAUGCAUCAAACAAAAUACACGGAUGAUAAAUCCUUUUAAAAAUCUCAAAGUCCUCCAUGAAGAGAAAUCACAUUUGUUUCUUAAGAAAAUUAAUAAAUAAAAAAUACGAACUUUGACCGUCAAAAUCAACUUGUAAUAAAAAAAUUAAGUUAUUCUAAUUCAAUCCAAUAUGACUCAAUUAGUUCACCAUUAUCCACUGCAUAGCGCUAGGCGCUAGCCAAUUAUCUAGUAAUUAAUAAAAAGGUAAGAAGGUAACGGAAAAAAGUGGCCCUCCCCCUAACGCCAAUUACUCAUUAUUAUUAUUAUUAUUAUUAUUAUUAUUAUUAUAUUCUUACUCUCUAUUUCUUUCUUCUUAUUUGAGCCAAACACCGGUGUAUAACUGAUUCUUAAUACCGGUUAAACAACGAUUAUUCGAUAAAUCUUGAACUUUCUACUAAUCCGGAUCGAUCUAUGAUUUGGUUUUCACAACACUGCAAAAAGGACUCUUUUAUCCACCGUGUCAUUGAUGCCGGAUGAGAUGACCGGGAAAAUGAAGGAAAACAUUUCCAUUUUCCAGUUUGUAUGGCUACCGUUCCAGGUUUCAUAAUUUCUACCAUCUCUGGACUUCUUCUAUAGCGACUGGUAAAUAUUUCCACUUUCCAGUUUCCACCGCCGGUCGCCAUCUCCUCUGCUCUCCUUCCAGUUACAACUCCAUCUCUCUAUCCCACUUCACCGCCGCCCGCCGGGUCAUGGCUUCUCCGUCACUCGUUCGGCAACCGCCGCAAAUCUCUUCCGCCUCCACCUACUGCGCUCCCACCAUCUUCUCCGCUUGCUCGCCGACGAGCCGCUCAGUUCCAUCUCCUUACAGAGAUCGCCGACAUCUCCCUCAUCGCCCUUUCUACUGUAAAGCUACAUGGCAAGAGGUUGCCGGAGUGGUGGUGUUCUCGGCGAUUCCAUUCACCGCCGUCAAAGCCAUCGCAAAUAGCUCGCUGGGGGAGACGCUUCGGUCGCGUAUGGAGGAGAAGAAGAAAGCCGCGAUCCAACAGUCCUCAAAAUUCCGGGAACUCACACAAAAGGCCCGACGAGAUAGCAUUUGGUAUGGAGAAGACCGUCCUCGCUGGCUGGGUACAAUUCCCUACGACUAUCCUGCUCAUCUCGCCGGAGACCUGCCGGGCGAUUAUGGCUAUGACGUUGCUAAUCUCAGUAAAGACCCUGUGGCUCUCCAGAGAUACUUCAACUUCGAGUUACUGCAUGCUCGAUGGGCAAUGUUAGGAGCUUUGGGCGCUGUUAUUCCUGAAGUAUUGGAUUUAGGUGGCGCAUUCCAUUUUACUGAACCUGUCUGGUGGAAAGUUGGAUAUUCCAAGCUUCAGGGAGAUACGUUGGAUUAUCUGGGUAUCCCAGGUCUCCACUUUGCUGGAAGCCAAGGAAUACUUGUCAUUGCUAUCUGCCAAGUCCUCCUGAUGGUUGGACCUGAGUAUGCAAGAUACUGCGGCAUUGAGGCUUUGGAGCCCUUGGGAAUCUACUUGCCGGGUGAUGAGAACUACCCAGGCGGCUCAUUGUUCGAUCCACUGAACUUUGCAGUGGAGCCAGUGGCAUUUGAAGAGCUGAAGGUGAAAGAGAUCAAGAAUGGACGACUGGCGAUGGUUGCCUGGUUAGGGUUCUAUAUUCAAGCAGUCGUGACAGGUAAAGGCCCUAUUCAGAACCUCGUGGAGCAUGUCUCGGAUCCGUUUCACAACAAUGUGCUUUCAGUUCUGAAGAUUAUGUAAGCGGUAGGGAUAUUAGCAACCUUAGCUUCCAUGUUGUGCAUAAAAGGAAGUAGGGUUGUUUUGGUCUGUCGUUCAAAAUUGUACAGCCUACAUUUCCUAAAAGCUUUGAUUAUGCAUUUUAUUCAAGGAUGAAAUUUGUAGACAAGAGGCUAAAUUGGGUAACCUAAGCAAAUGGAAUUUGUGGUGGGAGAAAUAAAAAAUUGGAUUACAA